UUCCGGCGGGCGCCGCUGCCCUCGCGCCGAGGCUCGGGACCGCGCCGCGCCCGGACGCCCGCCCGCCCGUCGCUUCUAUGCCGAGGAUGCGUGCGGCACCAUGGGCCACGCACUGUGCAUCUGCUCCCGGGGCACCGUCACCAUCGACAACAAGCGCUACCUCUUCAUCCAGAAGCUCGGAGAGGGCGGGUUCAGUUUCGUGGACCUGGUGGAGGGGCUGCAGGACGGGCGGUUCUACGCCCUGAAGCGGAUCGUCUGCCACGAGCGGCAGGACCGGGAGGACGCCCAGCACGAGGCCGACAUGCACCGCCUCUUCCAGCACCCCAACAUCCUGCCCCUCGAGGCCUACUGCCUGGUGGAGCGCGGACCCAAGCACGAGGCCUGGCUGCUGCUCCCCUUCCUCAAGGGAGGCACGUUGUGGAGCGAGGUGGAAGGGCUGAGGGACAGAGGCAGCUUCCUGUCGGAGGAGCGCAUCCUGUUUCUGCUGCUGGGCAUCUGCCGAGGCCUGGAGGCCAUUCACGCCCAGGGCUACGCCCACAGGGACCUGAAGCCAACCAACAUCCUGCUGGGGGAGACGGGUCAGCCCGUGCUCAUGGACCUGGGCUCCAUGAACCGGGCCCGCAUCCAGGUGGACGACUCACGCCAGGCCCUGGCCCUCCAGGACUGGGCGGCCCAGCGCUGCACCAUCUCCUACCGGGCCCCGGAACUGUUCUGCGUGCAGAGCCGCCGCGUCGUGGACGAGCGCGCCGACGUGUGGUCUCUAGGCUGCGUCCUGUACGCCAUGAUGUUCGGCGAGGGCCCCUUCGACGCGGUGUUCCAGAAGGGCGACAGCGUGGCCCUGGCCGUGCAGAGCCCGCUCGACGUCCCCCGGACGCCCAGGUACUCCCCGCCCCUGCGCCGGCUGCUGUCCUCCAUGAUGACCGUCGACCCCCAGGCCCGGCCCCACGUCCCGCCCCUCCUCGCCCAGCUGGAGGCCCUGCGGCCCCCGGCCCCCGGCCAGCUCACCACCCCCAUCUGA